AUGGCAACUUUCACUAACAUCAAAAAUUUAAAUAAUAUUGGCCCUCAAAAAAUUUGCAUUGAUUCUUCUGGCGCCGAUAAAGAAAAUGUGAGCGAAAAUUUGAAAUUUUAACAGUUGUCCGGAAAAAAAGUUAUACGUGCAGGUUUACGUGUGUGACGCUGAAGGAUUUGUGCUGAAAUUCAACAAAAACUCGUUGCUGUUCGAUGAAAAACCAGAAGUUAUCGAAGUGCCAGACUCGACGACGGCUUCCAUCGCCUGGAAUGGCGAGAACAUUUGCCUCGGAUACUCGAAAAUUGAUUUUGUUGUCGGCUCCGAAAAGCAAGUGGUCGGACGAGUGAAAAAUGGGAAUUUCGAGGCAGACGCGAUUGGCGAUCAGCUGGAAUUUCAGUUGACCGUGACCACUGUUGAUGCGAAUGCGGUGAAUGUCGUCGGCGGAUCGAGCGAUUACGCAGUCAAGUGCACCAGUCUCAAAUCGGCCGAUGCUGAACUGAAAACACGGAGUCUGGAGGGAGAACCUCUGUGCGUCAAGUUGGACCCUCGCAAUGAAUACGUGGCAGUGUCUACUGUCGAUGGAAAUGUUACAAUAAUCAACAUCGACACCUUUUCGAUUGCUCACACGCUCAAAAACGUGUUCCCCAAGUUUGAAACUAUCGAGUGAGACUAUCGAAUUUCAAAUUAUAAAGAAUCGGAGCUAAUUUUCAGUGUCUCAAAACCGCUUGUGCAAAUGUCGUGGUCGAAGGACGGAACGUGUCUGUUCGUUCCUUCCAGAGGCGGCGUGAAGAUUUUCCGCCGCAAUGGAUGGGAAGAUUCUGGAAGUUAUGCACUGAAGACGUCCGCAACUGCCGAUUUCUCGGUUACUGCCGUUUCUCCAUGUGGCACUUAUCUAGCGGCGUCCACGAUGGACAACAAAGUCGCGGUCUGGAAGAACGAAGACUUGUGAGCAAAAUUCUGACUUUUCUGUAUUCAAUAUAAUAUUUUUGUGAUUUAGAAGUUUGGUCAGUUGCGAGGAAUUCAGAAGAAGCACGCCUGGAACCACCGUCAUCACUUCCAUCGAAUUCUCGCCAUUCUCACCGAAAAAGCUGAUUAUCGCCGAUUCGAAUGUGGGUCUAAUGCAAAUUCGCAGUCAACUAGUUAAUAUUUUCCAGCGAGGGGUCUGUCUUUUCAACGCUUUCGGACCAUCAUCUGACUCGACUUCGUCCGCAGCUGAAAAAAGAAAAGAAAUCGUCGCCGAGGAGAGCGACGACGAUGAUUUGCUCAUUUUGAACCGAACCGUCAACAAAAAGGAGAAUCUGUUCAAUGACGAAGCCAUGGAAGACGACGAGGACACUAGAAGUAAGGCAUUUCUCUGUUUUUCCACAAACGUUAACUUAUUUUCAGUGUCCUCCGAUAUUGCCGCUAUCAAAAAGCAGUACGGAUACGGAAACGAAAAUAUCGGCGAUCUCGAGGAGUUCGGAUUCAAGCUCGGCGAGCCGGAAGAACUGCGACCGCUCAGUCCGCAAAGGAACGUGCAACCGCCGGUUUAUUCGGAACCUCCAGCUCCACGAAAAGUGCUCAUUCCGGAGAGAUUCGUAUGCAGCAGCACUCCAUUCGAUGUGGAAUCGGAGCAAAGAUUUCUAAAGUACAAUCAGGCCGGAAUCGUGCGCAGUUACGUCAAUGAAUCUGCGAAAGUUUCGAGCAUCGACAUUGAGUUCCACAACAAAAACAUACACGGGGACAUUCACAUCGACAAUUUCGAAGCCAAUUACGAGCUGGCCGAUAUCUCGUCGAAAGUGGUGGCUAUGGCGAGUAUGGAGAGUCGGAAGAAAGAGAAAGAGCUUGACAAGGACAAGAAUGAGGUGGAGGAUCUGGAGAUGGAGGUGGAGGAGCCGACGAAGACGGACAAGAAGGGCACCAGUGUCCUGCAUGUCAUUCCCAUCCAAGCAUUCGCCGGACAGCGAUGGUCGGUCACAAUGCCACGCGGCGAUGGAAUCAUCGAUGUGCUCGUUUCGGACACUCAAGUCGUCGUGCUCACCAAAAAACGCAAUGUGAGAGUGUUCACGAUUGGAGGAGUGCAGCGGCAAAUAUUCACGCAUCCGGCACCGAUUCUCACUGCCGCUUGCUUCGACGACCGGAUCGCCAUCGCUUCCGUCGCCGGAUCAGAGUUCUAUGAGAGCAAAAAGAUGCCGCAGUGGAGGUUCGAGAUUGUGGAGUACUCCCUGAAUCAGCGUACCUGGUACCGAGAGCCAAGGAAUCGCGGAUCUGCUGGCGCGGUGACUCGUUUUGAUGUUCCUGUUGAGACUGGCGAACAGCUUGAUUGGAUAGGCUAUUCAAGUUACGGCAAACUGGCAGUUAUGGAUUCUGUGGGCGAUGUGCAUGUGCUCUCCGCGCCUGGCCUCUGGAUCCCGAUCUUCCAGGGUUCAUCGGUCCGUCGCGCUCCUUCCGACACCAUUUUCCCCAUCGGAAUUACCGGCAAAGGCUUCCGCUACAUCUACUGUCGCGGUUCCCGUGCCCCUCUUGUUAACGGAACGAAUGCUCCGUCGACAGUCGACUGGAAGAUGCCGUUCUGUCAGCCAGAAAGCAAACGAACCGAAUACGAGCACUCGUUGUUCCUCAGCGAACUCUCCGUGGCGGAUGCAAUUCUCGAUCGUGACGGAGAACGUAGUUCGGUGGAAUCGAAAGAAUUGACAAAAACUAUUGUGAACCUGUUCGCCUGGCUCGCUAAAACGAAUUCCGACGGGCAAGCGGCGGAGGUGGCAGCUCUUGCGGCAGGCGGAACGUCUGCUAAAACGAUACAGUUGCUGUGCAACUAUGCGAGCAAGAGCAAAAAGUUGGCGUUGGCGAACAAAGUCGCCGAAAUAGGUCGUCAAAUGGACGGAGAGGACGAGCGGAAGGAGGAGGAGUUGAAGCCGCGGCCGACGAAACGAUCAUUUCUGGGAUCAAGAAAGGCCAAGGAACCAUCUCCGAUGGAGAAGAAGUUGAGCGACGAUGAAGAGAAAGAGGAAGAGGAGGAGGAUCAGAAACAAGAUACGACGAUGAAUUUCAGCUUGAACGUGUCGAUGUCGCAACCUGUGGCACAACUAGAACGAUUGGCGAAGAAUCCAUUUGCGGUAAAAUUGAAAAAUCUUCUGAAGAAAUAAAAAAAAUUUCAGAGAGGUGGAGAGAAAAGCACAACGGCGAAUGACUCGGCGAGCUCAUCGCAGUCCACUCGAGCAUCAUCCUCGAUUUUCGACCAACUUGAGACAACGUCUACCGAUCACCGAAAGCGUGCGCGUGAAAAUGAGCCAACGGUGAGCUCUCAGCCGCCGGUUCGGAAGCAGGCGAGACUCAAUUUCGGUGGAGGUCCUACUGAUGAGAGGAAGAAGAAGCCAACGGCGGCAGCAGCGGCGAGAGAGAAGGAGAAUGUGGUGGUGUUGGAAGAGGAGCCCGUCAAGAAGAGGUCAGUGCACUUUUCAGGCCUUCCCAUCUCAUUUCAAUUACUCUUGCAGUGUGAGCCCGUACGAAUUGUGGCUGUCCGAGACGAGGAGCAGUCUGCGCUUCGAAUUCGACGGAGAAGAGGCGGACUUUUCGAAAUUCUGCAUCCAAACCUUCCGCGCGCUGAGCAAGGAUCAAAAGGAUGAAUGGAAGGCGAAAGCGCACGCGAGCGCACCAAAUUAA